AGAGAGAGAAUAUGGCAGGCGUAUGGUGGGGGAGGGUAUUCGGUUCGGAGGGAAGGUCGGCGUAUGUAGCCAGACCCUAAUCGGUCAUCAACGCGGAAACAACUUUCACGAAACGAACAAAACAAAACAAAACAAAAAGAGGGAAUAAUCAAACUUUAUAUAUUCAGAAAACUGAAAAAGCCUUUUAUAAAAAUCACCAAGCUCCAACUUCUUCCCACCGGAAACCCUAACCCUUUUCCUCUCAAUUAAAAAAUCUGCCCCUUUUUUCUCUCGUUUAAAUACCCUCACAAACCCACCAUUGCCUCUCACCCCUUCUCCCAACCACAACAAAAAUUUCUCUCCUUCCAGUCGAAAUCUGCAGUAUCCAGAAUUGUUCUCUCUGCCUUUUUUCUUUUCUCUUAUUUGGAAUCAAAAUAUUGAUCUUUUAGUAUUAUUGUGAAUGGUGGAAACAAUUCGGAGUGGUAGUAAUUUCAUGCUCUCCCUUUGCCAAUCAAGGGCGAGCGCUUUCCUACCUGUUUCUGCUGCCUCUGCUUUUGCAUUCGGUUCUUGCAAGGAAGGCUGGUACUACCGUUGCCUCGGCCUUGACCCAUAAACAACCCAGAAAAUCUUUAGCCUCCACCAAUAACCCAGAUUUUUUUUUGUUUAAAUAAAAAAAAACAAAAUAAACCCUUUUUGUUUUCUAAUCUUGGUUGUUGGUGAAAUAUUCAUUCAAUUUUUGUUGAUUUGAUUUUUUGGAUUUUGAUAAAGUCGAAAAAAUGUUGCUUUACAAGCAGAAGAAGAAUCAGGGUGCAAAGGGCAACAGGCUCUUGAUUAGCAUCACUGUUUUGGGAAGUGCAGGGCCGAUCCGUUUCGUUGUCAACGAGGAAGAACUUGUUGCUGCUGUCAUUGAUACUGCUUUGAAAUCCUAUGCUCGUGAGGGCCGGCUUCCUGUUCUCGGCUCUGAUCUUAAUGAUUUCCACCUUUAUUGCCCCAGUGCUGGAUCCGAUGCACUGAGUCCAUGGGAGACAAUUGGAUCACAAGGCGCGCGAAAUUUCAUGUUGUGCAAGAAGCCAAAGACUGAGAAAAUGGAAGAUGAUGGAAGGUCUACUGAAGCAAUUACUAGGAAGGGAAGUGGGAACUGGAAGGCAUGGAUUAAUAAAUCCCUCAAUCUUAAGAUUUCCUCCCACUAAUAAUUCUCAAUCCUUUAUGAGCUUUAUUUCUUGGAUCAGCUUUACGUUUGGAUUAAGGACUGAACUUAGGCUAUCAUGGAAGACCAUGGUAGAAUGUUGGUUAUCUUUUCACCCUAUGUUCUCAUUCACGUGAGAAAGACAUGAAUUGUUAUGCAGGAAUAAAUUCGAGGUGUUAUUCUGUUUUUUUGCUUUCCAAUAAAAUUGAACAUUUCUUGCGUGCUUAA